UGUUGAGGGAAAUGUGGAAAGCCUUAUUAGAUAAAUAAGUUUUUUAAACUCAGUACUGCCGCUUUCUGCUGUUAAUUGUCCAUUGUGGAUGAAGUGCUUUUGUGGGAGUUUACUUUUGUCAUGAGAUCAUUACCACAGAUGUAGCAGAAAUAUUUCUAGGUCGAUGACAAUCCCUCGAAAUGGUUCAUCCGUCAAGAUGCCAGCUAUGUUAAAUGGAGUGACAAAGACUACUGCGAUGAUGGCAGCCCCGUCAGAUAAGGGGGUGGGUGAAGAGCCCAAAGAGCCAGUGCCAACCAUACCUAAAAACACUCCUCCUCCAUACAGGCAGCACUGUAACCGACAGAAGGAGAGGCAAUGCCAGGAUGGUUCUUGUGUGCCCCGCAUAGAACUCUGUCCUGAGGAACAGUUAAUCAACCAGAAUACAAUACUGAUUAUGAUUGUGGUCGGAAUAGCUGUCGUCGUGUUUGUGGUGAUUUUAUAUUGUUUACAACAACGACGACGUUACCGGGGCAACAGUCAUGCAGAAGAAGUGGUUUCUGGGCAUGAGGAUGGAGAUAACGUGUCAUUAUAUCAGCCACCUCCAUCGUAUGACGAGGUCAUCUCCUCCAACUUGUAUCCUCCUACACCCAGCAUGCUCAGGCUACAGAUGGUUAACAUGGGACAGGUUCCCGAAGAUGUGCCUAUGACACCUCCGCCCAACUACGACACAGCUUUAUAUAUUUUAUCACGGAGUCAAGAACUCACACCAUCAAAACAGUCUCCGAAACGCCUGGUCCGACGCAGUAUCUCAAUGAGUCAGGUGGGCAGUCGGGAAAACUCUCAUUCGCCACCUGCAACACCGCUUGAAAAUGAGGUGUUUAGUAACAAUAAUAACUCCAACUCCAUCCCUCCACCUCCACCCAGUCCUCAGAAGCCCACGUAGGCAGAGUUGUCUCUCUUGGAUUUCACAGAUGGAGAAGUGCUCUCCCUUGUUAUAUUGACAAGAUGAUCACCAUUAUUUUUUUUAAAUCAACUCCAUUAAACUACCAUGCAAGUUUCUUGGGGCUGGCAGUGGUACAGUUUUGGUGCUUGUGGGUUACAGACAGAUGUAUAACGAUGGAUGCGAAACUGGGAACAUGGAAAAGACAUGAUUUACCCAUUGGUUUUGAAUUUGGGUUCAGUAUUUUUUACCAAAACCUUUGUACAGUAUUUAUACAAGAUAUUUUGGAAAAUAACCAAAGUGUUACAUACACCACAUGGACAUGUUUUGUGUGGAGUGUUUACAUGCUAUACUAUUGCUCAGAUGUUGCUGGUGGGUGUGCUCUGUGGAGUUUGUUGCCUGGUGCAGAACUGUCCAAUUUUUCAUGCCUUUUCUGGAUUGAUACAUGUUACCUUCCACUGGCAAUUCAUCAGAGUACAUGUAUGUGCCUACAUAUGCUGACACAUGCUGUGUAUGUGUCUAUUAGGAUUAUCUCCCCUUGCUAUUACAGUUACCAUUAAGUGUCCAAGGUAUAGAACUAAAGCAGUGUUUCUUGUUUAGAAUGUCUGUACAGAUACGGCUGAUUAUAUUGUCUUGCCCUGUUAUAUGUCAACAUUUGUCUGUUUUAACAUUGACAUACAUGUAGCAUACAUAUAACCUCAUUAUCACUGGAUCAAUAUGCAACUGUACAUACAAGACACUGGUUUGUCAUCCCUGCAUUUGAGUUCCACAUAAAUAUAUACUUAACAAUUGAUCUUCCUGUGCAUGGAAAUUCUCAUUAUGUCCCCCCAAAAUGUUAAUUAACUACUGUGGCAUUAUUAACCUCUACCAGCAUGUACAGUUGGCAGUGUUCUGAUUUCAUCACCACUGGUGAUGAGUUUUAUGUCAGUAUUGCAUAUGUAUGUUUUUUAAUUUAAUAUCAUCAUGUUGAGAAGUGAAAUGUUGAAUAGUAUUUACAUGCAGUUGGCUGUAGGUAAGUAUUUACUUAGAUGACUAAGUAUAUGGCCUCAGGAAGACUUAAAAUAAUGCAUUAAAAAAAAAAAAGCAGGGCAGAAGUGGGGAAAGUGGGGGCCAUCCCACUAAGCAGUUAAAGUUUCUAGGGUAAGGAGCAAAAGGCUGGAACAAUUAUAAAAAAGGAUGUGCCGGUUGGAUAAAAGAAGUCAGUAUAAUUUGUUCACUUCUGAGCUCCAUGUAUUUUAUGGGCAUUAUUUAUUCCUUCCCAGAAAUCACUUAGACUGUAUCUCAUAUCAUCUUAGGUUUGAGAUCAUCUCAGAAUUAGCUAGGGAUUGGCUGGGGCACCUGUACUGCCAUGCUAUUAAGGUCAGUUGAGUACUUUUUAAAUGUAUAAAGCUUAAGUUUUGCAUUGAUGAAGCACUUAGUCAGCAAAGCUGUUUGGUAACAAAUUUAAAUUUUGCUUCAUACUAGUGUUACAUGUUCCUGCCUUUGUCAUGGACUGAGACAAGAACACUUUACACUUGUCUUUGGUGCAAAUCUUUCCAUUGUGCUUCCUCAAAUAUGAUAAUCACACAAAUCAACUUGUAUACAAACUGCUAUGCCAUAGAAAAGCUAACCUAAAUGUACAUGUACUUUGAUGUUCCGGCCAUACAUUGACCCAUGUUUGUAUCACUACUGACUGAGCAAUGAACGUCUUUACCUGGCUUAUGGUAAUUGACCUCAAAAAGGGUGCAUUUUUAAAUGCAAAUAAAUAUCUCAAGGCACCUUUCUAAGAUCAGUAGAAAUCUGGGAAAGUGUGUAGUAAUGGGAAGUAUUUUAGGUCAUUUAUGGUAGUAGGCUACAUGUAGGCACUAGAAAUGGACAAAUGAGAAAUCACCAUUCAGACUAUUUUUUGUGUAUUAUUGACAAAGCUUGAAUGGCUGAAGGUGCAACGGCAUCAGGUUUUUGUAGGUAAAAAUCAUUCAACAGAGUGGAUUACAUGUAGUGUGUAAUUUUGAUUAGAUUGGAUCAGAAUUUGUUUAAUGUCACUGGCUGAGGUUUCUCAACACAUAUGACAACUGGAGUAGCAUGUGUGAUAUGUACAGACCACUUGAGGCCUUUUCAAACAGGGUUUGAUAAGAUGUUGUGUUAAGAAAGUUAAAAGCCAGCCUCCUCAGCAGUUUCCAAUCCCCAUCAGUGUUUAAAAUUUUUAUCCUAAAUGGGAUUCAAUGUCUUAUGCAGAGACGUCACAGUGUUCCUCUCCAUCUACCUACAUUUCUGUCAUUGGUCCAUUCUGCUGUUGGGUGAAUUAGUGGUAAGUUGGCAGAUUACAUAUUAAUUCCUAAUAGGUGACGUAGACUUUUGUGCAAAUUAUAUAUGGAAUGUAAUAAAUCUUGAGUAGAUGAUCCUUUGCUCUGGUGACCUUGUGCUUAAGGUUGAAUGGGUGUGUGCAUUACCUAAUGUAUCAGUCUGGGAGUUAAAUUCCUGGCUAAACUUGUUCAUGUGAAACCAUGAGGUUCAGUUUCUCGUGUCACUUCUGUCUGUACUAUAGUUAUUUUAACUGUAGCACUUCUCAUUCUUGUUAGCCAUUUUUUCUCUUACUUUUAUCCUUGAUGAUAGUUGAUGAAACCUCACUGGACUGUAAAGGUUCCUGCUGCACUGAAUGUUUUUGCCAUUUUAAAACAACUGAAAUCCAAUUUCCUCACAGACUGUAGCUUUAGUACCCCACUUUAAAUACUGCCAUGCAUUAUUUAUUUAUUUCUUUGAUUAGUGUUUUAUGCCAUACUCAAGAAUAUUUCAUUGAUACAACGGCGACCAGCGUUAUGGUGGGAGGAAACCGGGCAGGGCCUGGGGGGAAACCCACAACCUUCUGCAGGUUGCGGCAGACCUUCCCAUGUACGGCCAGAGAGGAAGCUAGCAUGAGCUGGACUUGAACUCACAGGGACUGCAUUGGUGAGAGGCUCCUGGGUCAUUACGUUGCCAAAUGCGCUAACCAAUUGAGCCAUGGAGGCCCCACAGCCAUGCAUUAUUUUCGGGUAAUGAUAAUGCUCUAUUUAGUCGGUACCUCUUUUCUUCCUAAUCCUUGAUGCAUUUCCAUAAUAUGGUAUGAAAAUCCGGUGGUUUUAUUUAUAGUUACAAUGCCACUGGACCUCACCACCUUUCUACAAAGCUAAGCAAAUAUUGUAUCUCACGGAACAGUAGUGUCCCAUGUGUAAGAUAAUUAACAAUAGCAGUUGUAUUUUUUUAUGACGUGGUGUUAUUGAAGUCACUGGUAUUGUUAUUGCAGUGCAUUUUAGAUCUUCAACCUUUUUUCUGUUGAUUUUAUUAACACAUUGAAAAUGAUGCUAAAGUGAAUUGUUUGCUUCACAAAGGAUGCAAGCUUCCUAAAAUGGGUGAAAUUAUUCCUCUACCUGCCAGAGUUCCAUCCGAAUGUUCCAAAAUGUUGAUUGCAGAGACAGCUGAAAAGGUUGAAGGUUUGUACAAAUAUGACACCAUUGUCCUAUGAAGAUGUUCUUAUACUGAUAUAAGCUCUAUUGAACCGUUCCUAUUGAAAUACUGUAAUACCUGAAGUUUGGCAAUUUUCAAGUAACUCAUUUUGCUUACUUCUGAUUGAUUCAUCCAGCUUAUAGGGCAUUAAGGUUUGAAUAAUUUCUUAUCAGAAAAGUUCUCUGUUGGUAUCAGAAGUGUCAUUUUAAGGCCUUUAUGUGCUCUGAAAGUACAUAUUUACAUGAAAAAACUUUAGGUGAAGUACAGCAUGUUUAAAAUAAACUGUAAUAUUGCCUGUUAAUGGUUAAGAUAUGUGAUGUAGGUUCGCCCAAGUCCUCAACCUUUUUACAUUUGAAAGAGCAACCUUCAGCAUGAUUAAUUUAAAUUUCUCUGCGGUAAAUGUGCUUACCCAUGUUAACAUAUUUCACACAGUACUAGUAAUACUAAGAUGAUUAUGUAGUUAAAGUCUUUAGCGUAGUUUUACACUAGGUGUUCAACAAUGAGUACUGAUAGUACCUUUGUGACACUUUUGUUCUUCGGCUGGUUAACUGGAGGAAUCGAGGGUUUUGUUUCUUUAUUUUGUUUUUAAUAUAGGGAAUAUGAUUUGGUAAACUUUCUUAUAGCUUUUGUAAUUGCCCAGUGCAAUGCAAACGUAAAUGUUUACUCUACAAUGCACAUUGAUUGUAAAUGUUAUAGUUGUACCAUGCCCUUUGUGAUAUCAUACAUGCUUACAUGUGCAUUCAGUGUGUAAAAGAAAAGAACUGUUACUGGUGUGAGAUAUGUUGACAUGUUUGGCAUUGAAUUAUUUACAUGGUGUUUGGUUUUUUUUUUGUCCUCAUAUAUGACUUUCUUUAAAGAGUAAUACUCUCCUGAAGUGUCUAACAAUUGUAAUCUUUGUCAGGGUCUACUGAACUGCUGGUUAUGUAUUCAGUCCUGACAUCAUUGGUUUAUUUCCAGAGAAAUAUUGUCAUAAAGCCAUGUCCUGAAAA